AUUCCCAAUCUCCUUCCCACCCUCCUCUUCUCCCCCUAUACUCUCUGCAAACUCCCUCCCCUUUUGCUCUCUCGACAUGUCGGAAACUAGAACACGGCUCCCCCUCUCUUCAUUUCUGACAUUUCUGUACGGCGCCGUCGCAAUUCUGACACCUCCGUCCUCCCCCACUUCCGUAGACACCUACGUCUUCGGCGGCUGCACCAUCCAGAAAUACAUUCCCAAUUCACCCUUCCACGCCAAUCUUAACUUACUCCUUGGCCGCCUUGUCGGCUCCGCCACUUCCGCCGCCUACGCCAACUUCACUGUUGUCGGCUCCACCUCACAGGACACCAUCUACGGCCUCUACCAAUGCCGGGGCGACCUCAAUUCAGGCGACUGCUCCAAGUGCGUUGCUGGGUCGGUUAGCCGCCUUGGGACCAUCUGCAGCGAUGCGUGCGGGGGAGCGUUGCAGCUGGAGGGCUGUUUUGUCAAGUACGACAACAAGAGCUUCUUUGGGGUGGAGGACAAGACGGUCGUGGUUAAGAAAUGUGGACCGUCGAUUGGGUCUGACUUGGACGCGUUGACUGGGGUUGAUGCUGCGCUGGCGUAUUUGGUUAAUGAUGGUGGAACCUAUAGGACAGGUGGAGUUGGGGAUGUACGGAGUGUGGCUCAGUGCGUUGGGGAUUUGAGUGUGAGCGACUGCCAAGAUUGCGUCUCUGACGCUAUCAAACUGCUCAAAUCGGGGUGUGGGAAUUCUGCUUGGGGGGAUUUGUUUUUGGCUAAAUGCUACGCGCGAUUUACUCGAGGUGCAGCCCACGCGCAGGACGAUGGAAAUGGGUAUGGACGUGGAUAUGGAAAUGGACAUAAAGACUCAAACGACAACGAGAACGAGGUCAACAAGACAUUGGCAAUAAUUAUUGGACUCAUUGCAGCGGUUGCCUUGCUCACCCUUUUCAUCACUUACCUCAACAAAAAAUGUGAAAAUCGAAAAGGUGGUAAGUAAUUAAGUAAUACUAUGUAGUUUAAGAUUUUUGUUAAUCUCAAAAAAUAAAUAUGUUGUAUUAUUAAUGCAUAUGCUAAAUUAUUUGUAA